AUGCUAUAUGUAGGCCUACUAACUUCCUUAUUUAAACCAAUUUCAUCAUUUUAUGCUUGAAUCAAAUUCAAAUCCACUCACUUCUACUCUAUGUUCCACCAUUUAACAACAUUCUCUUGUAGCUGGCAACCACAAGUAGCAUAGAACAAGAACAAACUAACAUGGACAAUGGUGGUGAAGUAAACCCCCUAUCAUCUUCCUCCACUACCACUACCACUACCACUACCACCGCUGUCGCGACCACUACUACCCAUCGAAAAGGCUCAAAGAGACCCCACGAACGAAACAUUGACAAUGCGCCGAAAAAACAUCAUGAAAACAAAGGUGGCGGCUAUGGUAACGGUGAACACCAUCCAACUUACCGCGGUGUAAGAAAGAGAAGUUGGGGCAAAUGGGUGUCAGAAAUUCGCGAGCCUAGGAAGAAAUCAAGGAUAUGGCUAGGAACAUUCCCAACCGCCGAGAUGGCAGCUCGAGCGCAUGACGUGGCCGCAAUCGCGAUAAAAGGGCGUUCCGCUUUCCUCAAUUUUCCGGACAUGGUACAUCUACUUCCACAGCCAGCCACUUCAUCACCCAAAGACAUACAAGAAGCGGCCGCCAAAGCAGCCGCCUCAUGUGAUAGUAUUGGAUCCAAACCCGAACAUGAACCUGAACCUGAACCCGAACCCGAACCGCCUAGCCAGGAAAUGCUUUCUCCCUCAAAUUCAUCAAACACUUUAUCAUCAUUAGAUAACACUCAAGAAUCAUUGGCAUCACAAUCAACAGAAGAUGAUGAUACAUUCUUUCACUUGCCAGAUCUUUCAUUGGAUAAUGAUGACGUGGCAUAUUAUCCUUCAUCAUGGCAGCUAGUGGAUACUGCAGCCUUUCUGCUUGAAGUUGAAGAGCCAUUUAUUUGGUAAACAUAUCAACAAAAUGGUAAAAAAUGAAUUAAUUUUGUAAAAAAAUGUCAUUAACAGGGUCAGUUAAUAUAUAAGACGACAUGAUCCAUUAGCAAAAUUUUAUUAACAAACUGUAAUGCUCGUUUUCUUUAACUUUGUGUUGGUGAAAUACAAAAUUACUUCACCAAAUUUGUGUGA